AGGUAUCAUCUUCAUUCUUCAGACGAAAUAAACAAGUGAACAUCUAAUUUCUUUUAAGAGGAUUAAGUUGAUUUCUUUGAUUCAACUAUGGAGGAAUCAGGAUCAACACCAGCUUCCGUUAACUCAAAUGCAUUGUUGCCACCACUACAUCCUCCUCCAAGAUCUUCUAACGCCUCUACUGAAGUUAGUUCAGUUGCAAAAGUACCAACUGCUGGUGAAGCUCCAUCUGCACCAGCUGCCAAUGUUUCCGAUGCUGGUACCAUCACUGUCACUGCACCAGCUUCUAAGAAGCGGAAGAAAACUUCAUGGGUUUGGGAUCACGUUGAUAUGGACCCUCCUCCUUCGAUAAUGGUAACUUGCAAGAAAUGUAAACAGAGAAUGAAAGCUGACUCUUCUACACAUGGGACCGGCUCCUUGAAUAACCAUUUAAGAAAGUGUCUGAAUCUUAUUCCUAAGGAUUCUGGUCAGUCGACUCUUUCUUUUGAACCUGCUAGGCUGGGAGAAGAUGAAAAGUUAGUUGCUGUAACUUUUUGUCAGGAUUCGUGUAGAAAAGCAUUGAUUAUAUUCAUCAUAGUGGAUGAGCAGCCUUUUAGAAUAGUUGAGGGGGAAGGUUUCCGAGAAUUUUGCAAGGUACUUGAGAGUAGAUUCAAGAUACCAUCUCGUAUCACUGUACGGAGAGAUGUUAUGGAACUGUUUGAGUACGAGAAAGUGAGAUUGAAGAAUUAUUUCAAGGUUAAUAAAGUCAGAGUUUGCCUCACCACUGACACAUGGAGCUCACUUCAGAAGUUGGGAUAUAUGGUUAUUACAGCACAUUGGAUAGAUGCUAGCUGGAAGUUGCACAAGAAGAUCAUUAGUUUCAUCCAAAUUGUAGGUCAUAGCGGUGAGACUAUUGGUAGGAUGAUAGGAACAUGCUUGUUAGAUUGGGAGAUCGAAAAUGUGUUUACUAUAACUUUAGAUAACGUUUUUUCCAACGAUGUAGCUAUAACAUAUCUGCAAAACCAAGUACUCAGAAAGAAUUCAGAUUUAGUGAAGAGUUUCUUACAAGUGAGAUGCGCUGCUCACGUCCUUGCCCUUGUUGUAAAGCAUGGAAUGAAGGAGUAUGACAUCUCAAUUAAGAGAAUAAGGGCAGUAGUGAAGUAUUGUAUGAGUUCUCCUGCAAGAUUGAAAAAAUUUAUGGACUGUGUCGCUUACGAGAAGAUUGAAUGCAAGAAGGGUUUGGUCCUAGAUGUAGACACCCGUUGGAAUUCGACAUUUACUAUGUUAGACUCAGCUGAGAAGUAUCAGCCAGCUUUUGAGAGGUUAGAGUAUGAGGACAAGGCAUUCAAGAAGAAGUUCUGUUUUGUUGAAAGUCAAAUUCCUUUAGUUUCUUCUACUUCUAGUACUUCCACCGUUGAUAACCAACCUGACUGGGAUGUGGAUGAAAACCAAGAUGCAGACUUAAGUUCUGAUGAAGAAGUUAUUGCUACUGCAAAGAGAGGAAAGAAACGCAAGAGAACAAGUUCUGAUAAGGCCCCAUCAGCACCUCCUUUGCAUGCGCCAUACCCAUCAGAUUGGUCGUAUGCUAGAGCCUUCGCGAAGUUUUUGAAGGUAUUUUUUGAUUUUACUGUCAAGUUCUCUGCUUCUACUCAUGUUAUUGCACACGAAUUCUUGUUUCAUGUGAGUGUUAUUCAUCGAACUUUAAACACAUGGGCAAAUCACAAAGAUACAUUUCUUUCUAGCAUGGGUCUUAAAAUGCAAAGUAAAUAUAACGAGUAUUGGGGACGUUAUGAAAAGAUGAACAAUCUUAUGUUUAUUUUUGUAUUAUUGAAUCCACAAGAUAAAGAAUUAGGAUUGAAGUUUCUUCUUGGCCAGUUAGGAAUUGGUGGUGGUUAUUUGAGAACAGAACUAAUGGAUCUUGUAAUGAGGGACUUUAAGGCACUUUUUGAAGAAUACUGGGAUGUCCAAAUGAGUGCUGGAAACUCAACAGUUGUAACAGAUAGUAGUGGUGGUAAUACUGUUGGCGCUGAACCAGAUGAUGAAGGAGAUUGUGCUGCAGCCGCCCUUAUGGCAGAGAGAGCAAGAGAAGAAGAGGAAAGUUUUGAUGAUGAAGGAAAAAAUGAGCUGGAGACUUAUUUGAGAGAGAAACGAGAACCGCGGAAAGAGAAAGUUUCUUUUGAUAUCUUAGGUUGGUGGAAGACGAACUCGACUAGUGGCAUCUGA